AGACUGCGUUGGAUGCCUGAAUUGCUAAACAAAUAUGGAAUGCAUUACCGUUAAAAUCAUGCUUAACAACAGUAAAUUGUUUUGAUAAAAAUGCGUCUGUCUGUAAACUCGAUUUUGUAUAAAACACCGCUAUAAUCUGUUCGAAAUCACAGUUGAAACGUUAUACAGUUACGAAACAAAGCAUAAAUAUGAAAUUCGCUUUAACGGUAUUAUUUAUGAUCGUGCUAUCUUCGGUCAAAAGCGAACAAGCGAAUAUUAGCGAGCGCUGCACGAAUGCUUGCCCGAAACAUUUGGAUCCUGUUUGUGCAGUUGCCGGUGAGGAAAGUGGUUCUGACAAGGGUGCAGUAGGUGAAGGCGUCGUAUACCGUUACUUCCAUAACGACUGCUUACGGCGUUAUGCGAGUUGCAGCACUGGCACGGUUUGGCGCAUCACAUCUCUGUCGUUUUGUCUCCAACAUGUCGAUCCCUUGGUGCGUGAACAGUGUCUACGCCCUUGUCCUUUCAUUUAUGAGCCAAUCUGUGCUUCCAACGGCAAGAGUAAGGAGAUUUUCGGCAAUAGCUGCGUUCUGGAAGUGGAGAAUUGUCUCGCAGUUGAUGCUUGGACUUUAACAGCGGACAGCGAGUGUGGCUUGUAACUGCAAAAAUAUACUUACUAUAUAAAUAAAAUAUAUCCAAGUGAUUACCAAAUUUCUACUUGAAAUAAUUACCAUUAAACUUCCGUUAAAUAAAACUGAU